GGGCAAUAGUUAGUAUGGCCGCGUCCAUCGGAUAAGUGUGACUAGAAAGAUCUACUCAUCUAGGACAACUGAAAAGCUGUACUGCUGAGAUGGUGUUAUCAGCCACAUUGUCAUGGUUAGGCUGACAAUGGGAAGUAUCCGAUGGGCAUUUAACUUUGGAAAAUGGAAGCCGUUGAGGGAAGAAUGGCUACUAGCUGCACAGUCUGUUCAACUGGAAGAGAACCAAAGAAUACACAAAUUUGUUUUCCGUAAAGAUGCCAAAGCCGCACUAGUUGGACGAUUGCUGCUGCGCAAAGUCAUUGCUGAGAAGCUUGAUAUUCCAUGGCAAAAAGUGAAACUGGUGAGAACCGAAAAGGGGAAACCAAUUCUGGAGGAUACCGAGGACCAUCGCAUUAGUUUCAACAUUGCUCACCAGGGUGACUAUACUGUGCUGGCAUCAGAAAUGGGGCCGUCAACAGUUGGCAUUGAUGUCAUGAAGGCAGAAAGACCAAAUGGAAUCAAGGGUCUAAAGGAUUUCUUCAGGCUAAUGCGACGGCAGUACACUGAUCACGAGUGGGUGACAAUCUUGAAGAAUCCUGAUGAGCAGGAACAGUUGUGUGCAUUUUACCGAUUAUGGUGCCUAAAGGAGAGCUACAUAAAAGCUGUUGGUAUAGGAAUCGGCUUUGAACUGAAGAGGAUGGAAUUUCACAUCUACAGUCCAGAGGUCCCAAUAGGUCAAGUUAUCCUGGAUACUAGGUCUUUGCAGACAGAAGAUAUGACAGAGUUCACGAUGCCCAAUUUCACACACCUUGGCUUCUCACACUUGGUUGACACUGCAGAAUCGCUGCUUGAGUCAGAGGAUAGCAACUGGGAAAACUUCACUAAUAAACCAGAAAAUCCAAGCGAUUGGAAAAGGUCAACAGCAGGAAGUCUAGACAUAUAA